AUGAGAGAAGUCAACUUCAGCAUCCCCAACGUCAACAAGGCGUCGGUGGGCAUCACCACGGCCCUCUAUGAUCGUCGUGCCCUCGAUUGCACUUCGACCCUGCCUCUCAUCAACUCCCUAAACCAUCUCGCCUACCUCACCACCUCGUCGGCUCGCAUCCGCGACAUCCUCACCGUCGAUGGAGGCAUCGAGCGCCUCGUCUGCAUCCUCAAGCAGGGUCGCAGCAAGGACAUGAUGGGCAUGUGGAAGUGGAACCUCGCCUUUCAAUGCGUCGUCAACAUUGGCGUUCGCGGCACCGAGAACGUCCGCACCCGCGUCGUCGAAUCAGACAUGGUCCCCGUCAUCGCCACCAUCCUCGACAAUUACAUCAAGGUCAUUGACAAGUGCCGCGAGAAGGCCGAGGAAGCCAACCAAAAGCAGAUGCACGAUCAUCACCACAGGCGGCACCGUCACGACCACCGCACAUCCUCCAAAGCCACACCUUCAUUCGCCAACCGGCCCGUCCGCCCCGAGCUGGACCAGAGAUCAAUCCGCCGACAUGCUCCUCCCCCGUCCAUUGAUGUCUCUGCCUCCUACGCCGGGCCAUCGACGGCCGCCGCCCAGCCGACGAACGGCGAGCCAUCGGCAUCCGUACUUGCGCUCCCCCGGAACAUAUUGACCGCUCCCGAGCGGCCGACGAUGACUCCGGCCCGUCAUCAGCACAGCUUCCGUGGCGCCGAUACCAGACAACCGGCGGCCGUCGCCGCCGUCCAUCUCCUGCAGCCACUGGCAGCCACUGGCAUCGGGCUCGACGGCAUCGACAACAACUUCGUUCGACCCGUGCGCGACGUCGACCGUUUAGCCUCGAUGGCUCCUUUCCCCUAUGCCGACCUCGCUUCCCAGCCAACCUCACCCACGACCCCGCUCCCGCCGCCUCAGCUGCGGUCGCCGACGGUCCGACCGGCGACCAACGUCGACGCCGCCAACCGAAGCCGAAGAAGGCCUUCUAUCAGGCAUCAGGUCUCGACGGUCGAGGCCGACGAGCUCAACGUGGACAGCAUGCCCUCGGAUGAAGCUCCCGACGCCGAGAUGACGGGCACCGCCGAGAUUCCAUCAGCCGUUGGCAUCCAAGACAUCUCCAUGGACGAUGGUGAGAGCCUGCUGGCAGGUGCUUCUCUGGAGCUGACGAACCCCACCGUGUCCGAAACGCACCAGGAUGCGGGAACGUUCAACAUUACCCACCGCGCCCCGAUCGACGGCAGCAUUGCCAACAAUGUGAACCCUGCUCCGGUCCCGGCCAUCGGGUUGUCUCCCAGCCGGCCAGCCAUGGGCACGCCGCAGCCGGCCGUGCCCAACUCCACCGUGCCACGCUACCUGCUCGACCGCCAUUUCGUUCCGAACCAGCACAUGCUCACGGCGAUGCCCCGAGAGGAAGACGUCCUCAUGUCGCUUCAGCUCCUCGCCUACGUGUCGAAAUACUGCGGCCUUCGGUCUUAUUUUCAGAAGAGCCAUCUGGUGCCGAAGCUGACCAUCGGCAAAGACCUCAACCUGUUGGACGGCGAUGAAGUUUCCUCUGAUGCCGACGAUGUCGAUUCCGUUCACGAAGAGGAAUAUCUUUUGCCCAACGACUUCAACCUCUUCCCCCUGGUCGAAAAGUUCACCGUCCGGUAUCACAGCACCGACAUGCAGUACUGGGCAGGCGUCGUCAUGCGGAACCUCUGCCGCAAGGACGAUACGCGCGGCGGUAUUCGACAAUGCGCCUACUACCAAUGUGGCAAGUGGGAGGAGUACACGAGACAGUUUGCGAAAUGCCGUCGCUGCCGCCGUACCAAGUACUGUAGCAAGGAGUGCCAGAAGAGCGCGUGGGCCUUUCACCGUCAUUGGUGUGUCGCUGCCCCCCAAUGA